UAAAACUGUGAGGGAACGUUUGAGAUUCUUCACUGACUCUUCAGAGUUAUUAUUCAGAAGCUCAGCACUGCACUGUGCCUGCUGCAGGGACAUGGAGCCGCACCGGAAUCUCGGACUUCCAUAAAACGAGUGAGCUUCGAUUUGGUCACUGUCUGGAAAAUACAGUGAUCUGCAACACCAAAAUUUGAGCAACUGCAGCCUCCUCAUGUAGCUGAGCAAAAUGCUGGGUUCUUGGUGAGGGUCAGAAAAUGAACGGCUCCUCCUGCUGUGAUCCUGCAGCUGUCAUGUACCAGCAGAGAUCAGGAUUUGACCUCAAUGCCAGCUGUGAAUGGCCAGAUCCUCACUGUAACUGGACAUCAGUAGACGGUGCUCUGCAGCUGCCUACUUUUUCCACUGCAGCCAAAAUCAGAGUGAUCGUUACCUUCAUCCUGUGUGGCAUAUCCACUUUUUGUAAUUUGGCUGUGCUUUGGGCUGCCAAUGGGCACAAGCGUAAGUCCCAUGUUAGAGUCCUGAUAAUCAACUUGACUGCAGCUGAUCUCUUAGUUACCUUCAUCGUGAUGCCUGUAGAUGCAGUGUGGAACAUCACAGUUCAAUGGCUGGCCGGCGACCUGGCCUGCAGAUUCCUCAUGUUCCUCAAGCUUCAGGCCAUGUACUCCUGUGCCUUUGUCACAGUGGUGAUUAGUCUGGACAGACAGUCGGCUAUCCUCAACCCUCUGGGCAUCGCUAUGGUCCGGAAAAGGAACAGGGUCAUGCUAAUGGUGGCUUGGAUCAUGAGCACCUUGCUCUCAAUCCCACAGAUGUUCAUUUUCCAUAAUGUGACCAUUACCUAUCCAGCAAACUUCACUCAGUGCACCACCAGGGGAAGCUUCGUUACUCACUGGCAAGAAACCGCUUACAACAUGUUUACCUUCUGUUGUCUCUUCCUGCUGCCGCUGGUUAUUAUGAUUAUUUGCUACACCAGGAUCUUUAUUCAGAUCUCCAAACAGAUGACAAAAAAGAACAUGCCCUCCAAUGAGCCACAUCUCCGCUGCUCAAAGAACAACAUCCCAAAAGCAAGAAUGAGAACUCUGAAAAUGAGCAUUGUUAUUGUGAUCUGCUUCAUUGUGUGCUGGACUCCGUACUACCUGUUGGGUCUAUGGUACUGGUUCUUCCCAGAUGACCUGGAAGGAAAGGUCUCUCACUCUCUGACCCACAUCCUGUUCAUCUUUGGUCUUUUUAAUGCCUGCCUGGACCCCAUCAUAUAUGGCCUGUUCACCAUACGCUUCCAGAAGGGGCUGAGAAACUGCUAUCGCAAAGCCGCAGUAAUGUCCAGCUUGGAGACUAAUGCAGUAAUAAUGGAGUCCUUGAAAUGUACUGGAUCUGUCUUACCCUCUAAAAGAGGCAUGACCAGUGGUGAAAAGGACAUCAGCUCUGAACAGGCUGAGGCAAAAUCCACUGACAACAGCGUCUGACUGUGUUUAGUUGCAGGGAGAGGGGCAACAUUGGCAUUUCGCUGUUUAUUUACUGAACUUAUUGGUUUUACAAUUACAACAUGCAUGUGAAGAAUAAGUCUAAAGACACAAUCUAUCUAUCCCUUGUAGACAAACUAUGUCCAUGUGUCUGUGUAGCCUGUGUGAUGCUUGAGGUUGUCCAUAUUAACUUAAGGUUACAUAACCCAUUACCCAGCAAAACACGUUUACCGCUACAUGAUAUGUUUAACUGGUUUUGAGUCUGCUAUGUGAGCAGACUUAAAUUUGUCAGAAAUUAGCAGGAAAAAAAUAUUUUGCUUGUCUGUGGGUCCAAGAAAUGUUCUAAAAUGACUGCUUAUCAAAUACGUCAAGAUAUUUAAAAAAAAAAGAAAGAAGGAAAAAUCAGCUAAGAUUAUUUCAUGUAGCAUCAGGUGGCUUCAACAGCUCAAACCCUGUCUCAUAAUAUUCUGUUAAAUGAGCCCUGAAUACCAAACACAAACAGACAAAGCAUUUUGACCAUGCAAUAGACAGGGCCACAAAUCACAGCAUGUUAUUUUCCCCCUGCACAACAGAAUGAGUGUCUCAAAAAAUUGAAUAUGACACAACCUUCACACAAAAUGUGAUACUGUAAGACUGGCUAACAAUUACAUUAAAGCAAGACAAUAAAUCUGAGCUAGGCUCCUAGUAAAUCUUCUGAGUUACACUUCAGAAAGGGCAGUGGUUUUUUCACCCAUUCAUUGAUUCUUCUUUUUAUGUCUUUAUGAUCGCAGGGAACACAGUGGUGACCAUAGAAGCGUUAGUAUUUUGCCUAACUUCUGGGACUCACUGGCCUCUGAGAACAUCAGCAGCAAGGAGUGUGAGCUGACCAAACCUUAAUGAAAUCAAUCCUUUCCAGCAGGUUUUUAUAACUUAAUUGAUACUGAUAGUGCUGAAAAAAAAGAACACAAUUUAGAC